CCAUGUCGGAGCUGAGUGAUGAAGCCAGCGAGCCUGAACUUCUGAACCUCAGCUUGUCCAUGUGGCAUGGGCUGGGCGCUCAGAGCAGCCACGAGGAACUGACCAUCCCCUUGGAUCUUCAUACGGCAGCAUCCAUCGGCCAGUAUGAUGUGGUGAAGGAAUGUGUGCAGCGGAGAGACGUAGAUCUGAACCAGAAGAAUGGAGGCGGCUGGACCCCAUUGAUGUACGCCUCCUACAUCGGCCACGACACCAUCGUGCACGUGCUGCUGGAGGCGGGGGUGAGUGUGAAUGUGCCGACCCCCGAAGGGCAGACUCCACUGAUGCUGGCUUCCAGCUGUGGCAACGAGAGCAUCGCCUACUUUCUCCUCCAGCAAGGUGCAGAGCUGGAAAUGACAGACAUCCAGGGCUGGACCGCCCUCUUCCACUGCACUAGUGCUGGCCACCAGCAGAUGGUCAAGUUCCUUCUGGACAGCGGAGCCAAUGCGGACGUGAGGGAGUCCAUGUAUGGAUUCACGCCUUUGAUGGAAGCAGCAGCAGCCGGCCACGAGAUCAUCGUGCAGUGCUUUCUGAACCACGGAGUCAAAGUGGACAUGAGAAACCGCAAUGGGGCCACGGCCCGGAUGUUGGCCAAACAGUACGGACACAUGAAGAUUGUGAGCUUGAUCGAUGCACACUCACCCUCUCUAUCCAAGAGCCUCUUCUGGAGCCCAGACAAAUCUGAUGACUUCAGCUCUUCAGAUGAGUCGUGUCCAGCUCCUCAGAGGCACAGGCCCUUUCGCAAGAAGGGCCUGAGCAUCCACGAGGGUCCACGUGCCCUGGCCAGGAUCACAGCCAUCGGCCUUGGUGGAAAGGCCCGCCAACCUCGUUAUGAGCAGGUGCCUCCACGGGGCUACGUUACCUUCACCAGCGGUGAUGAGAACCUACUAGAAGCAGGAGGUCUCUGUUACAGGGAUGUCACCUCCCCCAUCAACGACCGGGACGUGGGGAGUAGCAGCAGCAGCAGCAGCAGCCGGGAGGAACACACCUUCCCUGCCACCUGUGGUGCCGCACAGAGCAUCAGUGAGGGACUGGCCUGUGCCCCGAACCUCAGCAGCGAGGGCUCCUUGGAGAGUAAUGAGGACUCAGAUCCCGUACAGAGGAGCCCUGCUCGUAAGCAGACAAAAAGUCACAUGAAGGCCAAGAACCGUUAUGGCAACAGCGAUGGCCAGUGGUCCUCCACUGCUGGGAACACAGGCUCCUACGCCCACUCUGAGAAGUCUGCUGUGUCGGGCCCACAGGACCUGGCCACAUUGCUGGAGCAGAUCGGCUGCCUGAAGUACCUGCAGCUGUUUGAAGAGCAGGAUGUGGACCUCCGCAUCUUUCUCACCCUCACCGAGAGUGACCUGAAGGAGAUUGGGGUCACACUGUUUGGGCCCAAGAGGAAGAUGACAUCUGCCAUUGCUCGCUGGCACAGUAGUGCUGGGCCCCCAGGUGAUGCCCUGGAGCUGGCCUAUGCUGACCGGCUGGAGGCUGAGAUGCAAGAACUUGCCAUCCAGCUGCAUAGACGGUGCGAAGAGGUGGAGUCUCUACGGGGCCAGGUGUCACAGGAGCAGGAGCUACGAGCUGUGGUGGAGAGCUGCCUCCUGGAGCAGGAUAGUGCCCGCAAGGACACCCACACCAGGCUGGAGGAGGCCUGGGCACAAGCCUGCAGCGCUGCACUUAUCUUGGACCAGCUGCGAGCCUGUCAAGAGGAGCUGUCAGCGAGGUUAAGGAGUGAUGAAUCCUGCAGUGCAGCCUCAAGUCCCCCUGUAGCUGACUGGCAGGCCUCUCUGCAAGCCCUGAGCCUCCCCGAGCUGUCGGGCAUGUUGGAGGAUAGAGUCCACGAGAUGGGCCAAGUGUUAUGCACAGUGACCCAGAACCUGGAAAAGCUGCAGGGCAAAGAGAACUGGCGGGAGCCAUAGCUGGUGGUGAGUCUGACGUCGGGUGAUUGAUCCACCCGGAAGCUGAGCAGCAGAGGGCAGUGUGGGCUGCAACAGCCCAGGCCCCAGAUGGCCCAAGGACCCAGCCCAGAAGCACAGAGAUGAGCAGGGGCCAGGAAGGCCCAACCGAGGCAGGAUGGAGCUAGCCCAGAGCCCAGUGGGAGACUCGGAGCACCAGGCCCUGGGACCAGUGUCCUCACCACAGGCACCAGCCAGGAAGAUGUGAGGGCAGGCGCUGGACAGCAUGGCAUUUGCUGGAAAAUAAAA